CAAUAACUCAUUCGUCAAGAUUCAACCCAAGACCACUUCGCGUUCGCCUUGCCAGUUGCUAGCCGGUUAUUGUCGCGUGUGUUGUGUGAAAUAUAGCUCAGUUGGACCGGUUCAUUAAACGAAAGAGCAAAAGUGAUUUUAAAAUUAUUUUAAACACAAUAAAUUAACAUCAUAUUCACAAUGGUGAAAGCUAGAAAAUACGUAGUAAAGGAUUAUUUUCAAGGCGUACCGAAAUUGUCCGAUUUUGAAGUAGUCGAAGAGGAAUUACCUCCACUGAAGGACAAUGAAAUUCUAGUAAAAGCGGAAUGGAUCAGCGUGGACCCGUAUUUGAGAGCAUACAAUUCUCAAGUAAAUGUACCUUACGAUCAGUUUAGUUAUCAAGUCGGAUUGGUGCAAGAAAGCAAGAAUCCCGAUUACCCAGUUGGUAGUCGAGUAGUCUCACAUAAAGGAUGGCGAAACUACACAAUCAUUAAUCCAAAAUUAAACACAGAACUCCUUGAGACUACCUACAAAUUGCCUGACUUACACGGAUUACCAAACUCUCUAGGCGUGGGAGCUGUGGGAAUGCCGGGGGCAACCGCGUAUUUUGGUUUUCUAGAAAUUUGCAAGCCUAAACCUGGUGAAACGGUAGUUGUGUCAGGUGCUGCGGGCGCUGUGGGAUCUAUAGUAGGCCAGAUAGCUAAGAUUAAAGGUUGCAAAGUGAUUGGAUUCGUUGGCUCUGACGAUAAGGUGCAAUGGUUAGAAAAAGAACUAAAAUUCGACAAGGCCAUCAAUUAUAAAACUGCAGAUGUCGCCAAAGCUCUAAAAAAUGCCGCUCCGAAAGGUGUAGAUUGUUAUUUCGACAACGUCGGCGGAGAGUUGAGCAGCGUUAUUAUAAAUCAGAUGAACGUGUUUGGACGAGUAUCUGUCUGUGGAAGUAUCAGCUCAUACAAUGAUAAUCUAGAUAAUUUACCCAAAGCGACUAUUUUACAACCUGCCGUAGUUUUCAGACAGUUAAAAGUCGAAGGAUUUAUCGUAAGCCGGUGGAGGGAACGGUGGCCUGAAGCGUUCGCUGAUAUUAUUCAGUGGAUUCUAAGUGGGAAAUUGAAAGCUCGAGAACACAUCACAGAAGGCUUUGAUAAUCUCUACAAGGCAUUUACUGGUAUGCUAGCAGGUGAAAAUUUCGGCAAGGCUGUAGUUAAAGUUUAAAGUCUAUUUGUAUAUCUGAAGUGAUUCAUCAUGUGUUCGAACUAAUAUAUUACAGAACUCUGUUAUUCCAUAUGUAAGUUACACAACUGUACAUGUUUAUUAAUAAAUGUUAAUUAACUCUUA